AUGAAUGCGCUGGCCUAUACAGCAUCUUCGAGUCCAUCCCUCGGUCUGCCGGCACGUCAUCACAUUUCGAAAGGCGCAUUGCAACUUGUCUUGCGUACCGCCGUUCGGCAGCCUCGGCGAGCGACAAAGAUGACUCAAUCUAGGCCCAGCACACCAGAGCUGGAUCGCGAGAAAUUGCUAGCGAAGAUCCGAGACCUGGAAGCCCGCCUACGCGCUCUCGCACCCGCCAAAGAGCCCGAAAUGCCUGUGCCGACACAAAGCGCAAGACCCAGCGGCAAGGCCAACAAGACGUUUGACUUUCGCCGAUUUGCUCGUCGUAAAGUUGCCCUUCGAUUUUGCUAUGAUGGCUGGGAUUAUUGCGGGCUGGCGAGUCAAUCGACGCCUACGCCUUUACCAACCGUUGAGGACACGAUUUUGGCUGCAAUGCGUAAAGCCCGCUUGAUACCCGCACAAGGUGACGCUCCCUCACUAGAGUCGCUCGGCUUCUCGAGAUGCGGCAGAACGGAUCGCGGUGUUUCCGCUGCCAAUCAAGUCAUUGCGCUGUAUCUGCGCAGCCAGCUCAGCCUCGAACAGCUCAGGGAGGAAUGCGGUGACGACGCCCGGAUGAGCUACAAUGAAGCCCUCAAUCGCGAUGCCGCACGACAGAGAGCGACUGUACCUGGCUCAGGCGCCAUCACGCGCGUCGACUGCGGCCCUGCACCCCAACGUAUGUACGACGAAUUAGACUAUGUCGGUAUACUCAAUCGCAUCCUGCCUGCUUCGAUACGAAUACUGGGCUGGUCAGCAGUCGAUGCCGAGUUCGAUGGUCGCUUCGCCUGUCUAUGGCGGCAGUACAAAUACUUCUUCUCAUUAAGCCCAUUGGGCCUUGAGCUGGAUCCGAUGAGGGAAGCUGCUAGCAGGCUCGAGGGCGAACACGAUUUCCGUCAUAUGUGCAAGAUCGAUGCAAGCAAGCAGAUCACAAACUAUAGACGGCUCGUGCUGUCGGCUACCAUCGAUCCAGUGGAGACCGGUCUCGGCAGAGACGCAAAAGGACAACAAGAUCUAUACGUCCUCAACUUGAAAGGAACCGCAUUCUUGUACAAUCAAGUGCGACAUAUGAUGGCACUCCUCUUCCUCGUCGGCAGCAAGCGAGAAUCACCCGACGUCAUCGAUGCACUCUUCAACGUGGCAACAGAAGCGGAUCCCAAACUUGCUACUGGCGCAUUGCUCGGCAAACCGGCGUACGAGAUGGCAGACGAUCUUCCUCUCGUUCUGUGGGAUUGCGGCUAUCCAGAUGGGAUGCUACACUGGGAAUCAGAUGGAUCUGUCGCGUCGUCGAACGAGUCCAGGUUGGCGCUCAGCAGUACGCCUGCCGUUCUACAUGCUGCUCUCACGCGCAACAGGAUCAAAGCGACCUUGCAGCAGCAUUUCCUGCUUGCGUCGGACAAAGACACGCCCGUGCUCGAUGCGCGUGCCUCCAUGGGCGCCUACCUCGAUCAUGGCGGCGGAAAGCUCAGCUCACAAGGUCAGUAUGUGCCCUUGCUCAAACGUCCCCAGCUCUUGUCGCCUGAGGAGACCAAUAGGAGAUGGCUCCUCAACGAGCUCAGACGCUCACAGAUUGCAUCUGCCGUCGAAUUAGAACUCGCCACGAGAGCGCAUUGGCUAGAUAGACCUUCAGACCGCAUUGCUACUGAGCACAGCAAGUCCGAGGCUGACUUUGACCGCUCUCGAAAGCUCGUCAAAGCGCUUGCUAGCACAGCGCACCGUCAGCGCCCACAGCCAGCCUAUAUCGUCUGCAACACCGUAGAGAGGAAACGACGCCCUUUACUCGACAAAAGGUUCCAACUCCCUAUCCCCUCCACAAUCCCCAGCGAUCGUGCUUGUCGCUUUCCUGAGCAUCGAGCUGAUCGAGCCAGCCGCUUCCUGCUCGACAGCUCCAGCAUGCAAGCUAUCAAGACCGUCGUCGUGGGCGAUGGUGCCGUCGGCAAGACAUGUCUACUCAUCAGUUACACGACCAAUGCGUUCCCGGGCGAAUACAUUCCGACCGUCUUUGACAACUAUUCGGCCAAUGUCAUGGUCGAUGGCAAGCCAAUCAAUUUGGGCCUGUGGGAUACGGCAGGUCAGGAGGAUUACGAUCGAUUGCGACCACUUUCCUACCCGCAAACCGACGUCUUCCUCGUCUGCUUCAGUCUCGUCAGCCCGCCAUCCUUUGAGAACGUCAGAACAAAGUGGUAUCCCGAGAUACAGCAUCACGCGCCCAACGUGCCCAUGAUCCUUGUUGGCACGAAGCUCGAUCUACGUGAAGAUAGAGAUACGAUCGAGAAGCUGCGAGAGAGAAGACAGUCACCCAUCGCCUAUCCACAAGGCCUCUCGCUCGCAAAAGACAUUGGCGCCGCACGAUACCUGGAGUGCUCUGCUCUGACGCAAAAGGGACUCAAGAACGUCUUUGAUGAAGGCAUCAGGGCUGUUCUUGCACCGCCUCGGCCAAAAGAGUCACGCAAGAAGAAUGGCUGCGUGGUCUGCUAG